AUGGAGGAACUGGCCCGUGAGAGCAUCAGCCUGCUGGCCCGGUCCGCAUCACAUGCUGAUCCACCAAGGCUCGGCUCAUUUGGAGCUGUCUUCAUUAUGUUGAAGUCUGCACUUGGAGCUGGACUGCUCAACUUUCCUUGGGCCUUUAAGAAAGCAGGGGGUGUGAACACUGCCAUCACUGUGGAGCUGGUAUCUCUGGUGUUUCUCAUCAGUGGUCUGGUCAUCCUGGGUUAUGCGUCAUCUGUCAGCAGACAGAAGACCUACCAAGACGUAGUGAGGGAGGUGUGUGGACGCGCUGUGGGGCAGCUCUGUGAAGUCUGCUUUUGCUUCAACCUUUUCAUGAUUAGUGUUGCCUUCCUGGUGGUGGUGCAGGAUCAACUGGAGAAGCUGUGCAUUUCUCUGUACGAGACUGUGACUGGAUCAAGUGAGGCAGACAUGCCUUAUCACUGGUACACUGACCAGCGCUUUGCCCUCUUCAUUAUGUGCCUUAUCAUCAUCCUUCCCCUGUCCAUCCCAAAGGAAAUCGCCAUACAGAAAUACACAAGUGUAUUAGGGACGCUUGCUGCUACCUAUCUCUGUGUCGCCAUCCUUGUCAAGUAUUAUCUAAUGGACAGCCACAUAGCUGUUACCCCAGUGCAAAGCCAAGGAGUGAGCUCCUGGGCCUCUAUGUUUAGCGUAGUGCCAACAAUUUGCUUUGGAUUUCAGUGCCAUGAAGCCUGUAUAGCAAUCUACAGCAGUAUGGAGAACCAGAAGCUCCUGCAUUGGGUGGUCAUCUCUGUGCUCUCCAUGUUUUUUUGCUUGCUCGUCUACACUCUAACGGGUGUGUAUGGCUUUUUGAUGUUUGGGCAAGAUGUGGCCUCAGAUAUUCUUAUGUCAUAUCCUGGGAAUGACGUGGUCAUGAUUAUCUCCAGGCUGCUUUUUGGAAUAUCGAUCAUCACCAUAUAUCCCAUUAUUCUUCUGCUGGGGAGAUCUGUGAUCCUGAACCUGCUGUUACGUAUUCAAAGAAAUCGUCGGGGAGUUUUCACCCAAUCAUUUGAGAGUCGCUGCAGAGUCAUGCUAACUGUAGCCUGGAUCUCCUUCACUCUUCUGAUUGCUAUGUUUGUCCCAGACAUGGCUGACGUCAUCAGCGUUAUUGGAGGAAUCAGUGCCUUUUUCAUAUUUAUCUUCCCUGGUCUUUGCUUAGUGUUCACAAUGCAAACUGAAGAUGUCUCCCCAAGAGUCCGGGAUAUUUUAAUCAUCUGGGGAAUCAUAACAAUCGUGGUUGGAGCGUUCAUCUUUGGACAGAGUACCACCAUCGCUGUAAUGGAGAUUUUCCACAAGUUCUGA